AUGGUUCGACCUCCCCCACACCCGCCCACCCCCGCACCCGCCCCACCAGCCCGCACGACGCCCCGCCCACCCCGCCCCCCUCGCCGCCGGCGAACCCAGCCCCGCCGAAAACCACGCCACGCCGCCUACCCCAAACGCGCGUCGCCACCGCCCCUUAGUCUCACCCCCCACCCUAAUCCCAAAGAUUCCAAUUUUUCCAAUCUAGCCAGUCGCCAUCGGAAACCAUUGGCCGGCCGCCACCCCACGCCGCCGUUGACGACCCCAUCGCGCGUCCAGGCGGCCAAUAAACACCGCUCCCGCCCCCGCCCCCCGCCGCCCGCUGCGUGUCGCGUCGAAGGGAGUGAGGAGGGCGAGGAUGGUGAGGCUCCCGUACCUGACCGCGCUGACCACGCCCUUCAGCUACGGCCUCCUCUUCGCCUUCGGCCACUUCCGCGACUUCUUCCGCCGAAUCCUCGACGCCGGCAAAUUCAGCAACCUCAAGGGUUGCGCGCCCAUUUGCCUGGGGUACGAGGAUUUCUACAGGCGCCGCCUCUACCUGCGCAUCCAGUUUGUGAGAAAGUUGAAGCCAAAGGAAGAACAACAUACAAUGAGGUUGCGGAUGAAAUUUAUUCAGAGCUGAAAUCCAUGGCACAUAUUGGUCAAGGGUUUGAUGAGAAGAAUAUUAGGCGGGGAGUGUAUGAUGCUUUCAACGUUCUCAUUGCACUUCGUGUUAUUGCAAAAGAAAAAAAGGAGAUACGGUGGAUGGGCCUUUCAAAUUACAGAUAUGAAAAGCUAAAGAAGUUGGAGGAAGUUCGCAAAGAACUCGUCAACAAGAUUAGGCACAAGAAGGCACUCCUCCAGGAAAUCGAAAAACAGUUUGAUGAUCUGCAGAACAUCAAGUUACAUAACGAAACACUGCAAAGCUCAGCAGAGAACGUCAAUGGCAUCCGCCUUCCAUUUGUAUUGGUCAAGGUAUUUUUUUCUUGCGCUGCAACUGUCGGAGAUGCUUAACCCAGUCAGUUGCAACUAAGCUGUAACAUAUAUAACUGUAUCUAGAUCAUCCCUGUACUCAACUUGCAGUCUGACAUUCCCAUGUUUACAACUGUUGACCUAAUGUAGCAACGUAGAGUACAACAAGCAGUAGUUAGUAGGGGAAAUGCAUUGGAGCUCCGAGGUAUCACACACACCUAUAUGAAUAUAGACUUUAAAACAUACCAGGAAAUUUCAAAAAAAUCUGAAAUUUUGGGAUAUUAAGCCUGGGUGCCCAUUGUACACCCGGUUUCAGUUUUGUGGGGAAUGGGUGCCCAUGGUAUCCGUGGCGAAGGAAAUACGGUCCGGCAUACGAUUCAUCCAAAUAGUUUUUUCUAUACAUUGGAUUUUUUUUUGAGUUUUUUAACGAGAUUACCACGGGCACCCAUUCUAAAACUGAACAUGGGUGUACAAUGAGCACCCAGGUUUGAAAUCCCAAAAUUCCAGAGUUGAAAUUUCCUGGGUUUUUUAAUGCUAUAUUCAAGGGGUGUGUGGCUACUUUAAUUGGUAUGGUAUUCCUAUGUUGUGCUAUUGGCGUCGGCCUGGACGGGGCCACCAGAAUGUGCUCGUUGUCGCGCUCCCGGAACCCCUCAAGCAGCUCCUUCCCAUGCGGCCAUGCAAGACGGCAUCGUAACACUAUCCUUUAGAUAUACACCCCAUUGAAAUUGGAAUCAUUGUGCGCGCUAAUGUGGCAUGUUUGCCCAUUUGCUAUACAGUUAUUGAUUGAUAAUUAGAUGGUUGAUGUUGUAGUCUGAUGAGGUCUCGGGGGGGUGGCUACUGCUGAAUUUUUGACACCACUAGCUGCUGGUGAGUUUUCUCCCCUGAGUUAUAAUAGAGGGAGUGAGAAGAUCAGAAGUGAGAAGAAGGAAACACCAUGCCGUCGGAGACGACAUCUACACCAUUUUUGUGUUUUGGAGUGACUCAAGCAUCACAAUCAAAGCUGACAUCGCAUCUCCUUUCUAAUAGACACUUUUUGGGUAGUUGUGCAUCUAUAUUCCAUUCUGUACACCAAGAGAUAAUGUCAUUUUUCUUUUACGAAACUGAACUAUGUUCAAAGUUACUGUUUACUGAAAGCAAUUACGGUUGAGUAGUGAACUUGGUCAAAA